CUCCCAGCACCCUGUGCUCCUCAGUCUGUGGUCAGUCAGCUCUUAGACUGCCGAACAGGUGAUGUUCAGAUCAGCUGGCAGUCGAGUAAAGGGGCACAGAUCUACUAUGCUCAAGCAAAAUCUACAAUCAAGACUCUGGUGUGUAACUCUACCUCCACAUCCUGCAUAAUCCCUGCAAUGUGCUGUGGGCAGACGUACAAUAUCACUGUGGUUGCAGUGGCCAACAGCUGUAGCUCCAACACCAGUGUGACCAGUCAGGUCACGGCAGCUCCCUGUGACCCUCAAAACAUCACAACUGUGCUCCAGUGUGACACCAACACAGCCAACGUGACAUGGACUGCCAGCGCAGGAGCUAAUGGGUACACAGCAAUGGCAACAGACAGGCAGCAGCAACGUUUAGCUUCUUGUCACUCUAUGGGAACUUCCUGUCAGCUGACCUCUCUGCCGUGUGGGAUGAGACUAAAUGUGACUGUCCAAGCUGAUGGCACCACCUGCAACAGCAGCUCUCAACCUAAAGCUGUAGUGGAAACAGCUCCCUGCAUUCCCACCAGUGUUGCUGCCGCUCUAAACUGUACAUCCAACAUUGCUUCCAUCACCUGGUACAGUGCACUUGGUGCCACUUGGUACUUGGUAAAGGCAGAAAGCAGCCAAGGGUACAAGACAUCCUGCAACAACACUGUCACACACUGUGAUAUCCCAAACCUGCAGUGUGGCCAGGAAUAUUCCAUCACAGUCAUGGGCAUGAAUGGUGUCUGCAUGGGCCCGGCUAGCCAGCCUGUCACUCUCGUCUCAGCACCGUGCCACAACACUGGCAUUCAAGCCAGUCUGGACUGCCGCACCAACUCAGCACUCAUUUCUUGGACACCAGGCAACGGUUCAUUAAGUUUUAAUGCAACACUACAGUCGCUCCAGGACCCCCAAAAGCACAACUGCUUCACCAAUGGCUCCUCCUGCAACAUUGGCUCACUGCCGUGUGGUCAGCACUAUAACAUCUGUGUUACAGGAUACGGCCAGACCUGUUCAACCUCUUCUAAAGCCUUGGUCACUCUAGACACAGGUAUAACAUUAAAUAAUAACACAACAUGCAAAUUUGCUCCUUGUGUUCCCACUCAAGUCAAUGUGUCAUUAUCUUGUGGGUCGGACACUGCAUCUGUUUCCUGGGCAGCAUCCAGUGGCCUUGUUUCAUACUAUACAGUAACAGCAGUAGAUGAUAAUGGACGUACGCUAACCAGCAACUCCAACAGAACUUCCUGUGACAUCAGCGGCCUGUCGUGUGGUCAAGUGUACAAUGUGUCAGUCACAGCUAUGAGUGUGGACUGCACUGGGCAACGCAGUAAAGUGCGUCGCAUCAGUACUGCUCCCUGUGACCCUCAAAACAUCACAACUGUGCUCCAGUGUGACACCAACACAGCCAACGUGACAUGGACUGCCAGCGCCGGAGCUAAUGGGUACACAGCAAUUGCAACAGACAGACAGCAGCAACGUUUAGCUUCUUGUCACUCUAUGGGAACUUCCUGUCAGCUGACCUCUCUGCCGUGUGGGAUGAGACUAAAUGUGACUGUCCAAGCUGAUGGCACCACCUGCAACAGCAGCUCUCAACCUAAAGCUGUAGUGGAAACAGGUGACAGCUCAUGUUAA